AUGUCUCAAUCUGGACGCACCCAGCGGCAACCACCAAAGCCGAGCCCCCUUCUAGAGGACUUUGAAAGGUGGUGUCGGGUUGUGAAGGAGAAGCCAUUCCUCGACGAGAAACCAAUGAGCGAUACUGCGGCCGCUUGUGCCUGGCAAGAUUUCAAGCGUCCUCUACUAGGGCGUUUUACACGUCAUGAAAGAGUAGACUUCAUCGAACUGCUCGGAUACGGGGAAGACGGUAUCGUCUGGAAAGUCAACAUCGGCAGUCAAGCAUGCGCGCUUAAAGUGUUUUGGGACAACAAACCACUCGAAGGGACAAAAUACUGGGCGGUCCAACGGGAAUGCCAAAAUGCGUCGCUCCUCACCAAGAUGCGAUACGUGAUCAACAAUUCAUCCGACCCUAUCUGGUUGCAUCCAAACCCGACAACAUUCCGCGAGGCAGCCUCUAAUCUCCACGCCUUCUCCGACGAGGGUCGAAGCCGACAGCUGUAUCGAAAGAUGCCUGGCGCAGUGGAAUACAAUACCGCACCUCGUCUGAGAGAAUGCUAUGGUUGGGCACGGAUUAGUGGUAGGGAGCUUUGUGCGAUACCUGCACAUCUGCGUCCUCCCGAGAUGAGGUCGGGUAACCAAGUGCGCAAUUUUUGGCCGACUGAAGAGUACUAUGCCAUCUUGUACGAAUAUGUGUUCAGUAGCGGCGCAGGGCUGGAUGUUGAUGUCGUGCAAGCGCAGCUGGAUUUCCUUUGGCUUGGUGGGUGGUGUUUUCUGGAUUUGCAACCAGCAAAUUGGGGAGGUGUCGGCAUACUGCUUGAUAUGGCAGAUCCUAUAUGCCUAUGGCAUGCUGGAUGGUUCAAAAGUCGGUACGGGAAAAGGUAUGCGAGAGAAUUGACAGAAGUGCCUGCAAAUCACGACCCGCUGAGGACGAUAGCUCAAUAG